AUGGGAAAAACGGCUAGACGAGCUCUGUUCGUAGUGAAUUCCAGUCUCAAAUUUGACGCGGUAAAGAUGGCAGACCCCGCAGCAGGCACACCACCAUCAGACAAGGGCGCUGUCAUCGUCUCGGCGCAGCUCACUGCUUUGUUAUUGAAAGACGAAGACGACACAGAUGUCAUCACUGAAUCUAGCACUCCGUCCACAUCGCCUUCUGUCAUGAGAUCUUCCUCGCAGAAAGAAGAGAACAAAGUACCGCCGAAUGAUCGUCCUCUACUAUUCAGCUCGAUGCGCGAAGCGCUUGCAAGCUCGGGUCGAUUAAAAGAAGAGCCGGGAGGAUAUGUGAUCAAGCACCACAGUGGCCGAAGUCAGCAGCAGCAAUCACGCAACUUAGAAAGGCCCAAGAACCGACACACAAAGCAGCGAUCCCAUAGCAAGAGCGACGCGGGUUUCAACAACAGUAGUACGGUGAACGCAGGCGAGGAUGAGGCAGAUGCUGCUGGAUACACAGUCACGCGACGGCGGUCGUCCUGUGACCACAGCCAGAGUAUCCCUGUCGCUCCAAAGCGGUCCAACCAGCGGCCUUCUUUCUCUGCUCGAGGCAGGAAGAAGGCUCCGCAACAUCAGCAGCCAGCACGUCCACGACGCGGCAGCAUGUCGACGCUGUCACAGAGCCAUCUACUGGCUAUUCCGACGACUCUCCCUUCCUCCAGCGUCCCUCCUGGCUUCCAGCCUCGUCCAGUGUCGCGCGUAUUGCAAACUCCGCCCGGUCUAACACCUGCUGCGUCUGGGUGGGUGGUAAAAGCUGCAGCCCCGGCUGGAAACGCGAACAAGCUCGAGGAGCCACCGGUCGAGGCUUUGUGGCCUGAGAUGAAGGCAACGGCCACGACGGACAGCGGCUGGGCGGUCACAACGACGCCGUCAUCGUCGCUUGGGAGUAGUUUACGGUCGGAGACUUGGGCGAGUGCUACGGUGGACCACGAUGAUGACGACGACGACGGUGAUGACGAUGAUUUGCUGACGCGACUUGGCGUCACGCUCUAA